AUGCAGUCGUCAUCAUUGGAUAAGAAAUUGCAAGGUUUUCAGUUAAUAGCUCAGGAGAAAUUACAGGCUAUUCUCUGUUCCAUUCCUGGCAAAAAAGACUUGAUUAUUGAACCUAAUCUUAUUAAACCCUUAGAACAUAUUUGUGCAGCAUCGUGGUUAAAACUGAAGGGCAUACAGCGUAUUUUCAAAUUAGAUUCCAACAAUGCAAUUACACGUUCCUCCGACCAAGUUCAAUUGUAUAUGAUCCGCAGUGACCUGAACCUAUUUUAUCGUAUAAUGGAUCAAAUUAAAUUGAUCAGAAGCACAGAGGCACAAUCAUCAAUGUCAGAUGAUGCAUCAUUCAAAUAUUAUCAUAUAAUUUGUGUACCUUCAUGUUUUGGAUAUUUUGUUCGGUUGUUGGAACACGAAGGUCUGUACGGUGUUGUCGGUCUUCAUAGAUUUAGCUGGGAUUUUAUUUAUUUGGACGAAGGAUUACUAAGCAUGGAAGUGCAAAAUGUUUUCUCUACAGCUUUUAUGCGUUCGGAUUGUUCUCUAAUACCCACAAUUAGUCACAGCUUACGUGUACUACACCUACUGUGUGGACGACCAAAUAUUAUUUUGACCUAUGGUGCUCAUUCGGAAAACAUUUUGAAGAUGUUAAACAAUUUGGGUUCACUACCAAAAAAAUCGAAUGAUAAUAACGAGCCGGAUUUCUCAACCAUGUUAAUAAUCGAUCGUGACAAAGAUUUCGCUUCGCCUCUAUUGACACCUGCCAUAUAUUCCGGUCUCCUAUUAGAAGUGUUUAACAGUAAUGCGGGCAUGCUUGAAUUAGAUCUAAACAAAAACAAGAUCUUACAAGAAAAAUUAUCAAUAUUCUCGAUACCACCAUCUAAAAGGGAUAAAGAGGCGAAACCGAAUAAAAACGAUCAAAAGAAUAUUAAACCAACAACGAUACGAUUGAGCGGUAUGCAUGAUGAAAUUUAUGCCGAAAAUCGUUACAAACAUUUUGCCGCUGCAAGUAGUCAAAUACGUCAACAGGCCAAAUCAAUUAGCAUGGAAUUACAAAAACUCAACAAUAUGAAAUUGGACGAAAUGCAUGAUUAUGUUAAUCGUAAAUUGCCCAAAAUUACAGAAAUGAAAACGAAGUUAUUGCGACACCUAAAUGCCAGUGAAAAAGUUAUCGAAAUGCUUGGUUCUAAUUAUCGCCGAGUUCAGUCAUUAGAGGAGGAUAUUUUAAACAAUGUAUCACGUAAGAAAAUACUGGGAGAUAUUGAUGAAUUGCUGACAACAGAUGGACAUAAAUAUAAUAUUUUACGACUAUUGUGUCUACUGCAUGUAUGCGCUGGCAUUACAUCCGAUGAACUAUCUCAAUUCAUAAGAAAUUAUUGUAAUUAUUUUGGCUUGAAAUAUUUAGUGGUGUUUCAAAAUCUAUCACAAAUAGGUUUGUUGCCAACUCCCGGAGAGGAGACUGCAAAUAUAUUGUCUACACCACUAAAUAAAAAGGCAACAAAACUCCUCUCCAAUAUACCCCUUAAUAUACCCAAAUUUCAACAAACCCAGUUUCAAGCCAAUGCAAAUCGAUUAAAACUAAUGGUCUCCACGGCUGGUGCGGAAGAAAUGGAUAAUAUAUCAAUGGGUUCAUCAUCUUCGGCUUCGAUUUCAACAACAGGGUCGACCACAAUGUCAAACACCACGGCUUGUCCGAGUUAUGUCUUCAAUCGUCUUUAUAUACCAUUGGUGGCGCAACUGUGUUCAUUUCUAUUGAAAUCAUCGAAUGUUGAGGAAUUAGUUACCAAACUAUCAAUGAUUGAGCAAAUUCAAAUUAAUGGCCAGUCCAUAAAAUCGUAUAGUCAAAGUGUAAAACAGGGAAACGCCAAAGAUUUACCAUUGAAAAAUCGCAAUAUUUUUGUAUAUUUGGUAGGUGGCAUUACGUAUGCGGAAAUUGCAGCAUGUAAUCUAAUAUCGAAGUUAACGGAAUCUCAGGUGUUUGUUGCAUCGGAUUGUAUAUUAUCUGGCAGUGAACUGAUAGCCGGAGCAUUCAAUGGAUCUGUAUGA